CUCUUUCCCUCUUUCUCUCUCUCGCUCUCUGCACAUGUUCUGAGACUCUGUAACAGAUGUAGCACGUGCACCAACACCUGACUAAUCCAGAUGUCUUCCGCAGUGCCACCAUUUCUUACCCCCUCCUUGCCCUAACUUAUGAAACUGCCUAUUUAUCAGGAGCCAUUUUGGCUCAAAAUCUCAUUACCGUAUGGACAUUUCAGUGCCAGAGGAGCCAGUAUGGGCUUCUCGUGUCCUCAAAGCCAUCCAUCUUUCACAUCUCUGCAGUGUAAGUCGCCCUGGCAACCUCAUCACUCAGUUUCUAUUGGCCAUCUCAUCAGCCAAUAGAAAGACUUUCUGAUUAUGUCAUAUAAAAACAACGUCGUAGUGGCGCCUCUCAGUGUUUUGACAGUGUCUGGUGACAGUGCCUAACAUAAUCGUAGUCAGUCCUGUCAGAAAUCGAUAUUUCUGAGGAUUUAGUUAUAUGUCAAUUAUUAUUUGCGUGUUUAUGAGAUUCAAACUAUAUUGGUUUGUCAGAAUUGAAAAACAAACACGCAGUGACGUCUGGAAGAAAGUUUCUCAAGUUCAACUGAAGGUGCUAUAACAGCCGUACCUUAUUCAAAAUGUGCUCUAUCAAAAACUGUUUUAUGAAAUCUGGUUUACCCUGAAUGACCUCAACGACUCUGCGGCAGAUCAGAAGGGUGAGAAGGAGUGAAGUUGGUUUUACCGCUGCGUCGGUCAUUUGAAGUCUUUCAUUCUGCAGCUGCCGCGCGCGCGCCUUUCCGCCGCUCCGCCGACUUCUGUUCGCGCAGAGCUAUGUAAAUGAAACGACAGUGGGACAACAUGACUAUCCCGAAAGACAUCCCAGAGAAGUGGUUUCCAGUCAUUCUCCCUCUGAAAAGGAAGAAAGAGGGAUUAACCAGCUCGACAAAAAUAAGAAAAGGAGCAGAGGAGGAAAGGAGAGUCCGAGCCAAUGAUAGAGAGUACAAUGAAAAAUUCCAGUACGCUAGCAACUGCAUCAUGACCUCAAAGUACAACAUUAUUACCUUCUUACCAGUCAACCUGUUUGAGCAGUUCCAAGAAGUUGCCAAUACCUACUUCCUGUUUCUCCUCAUACUGCAGUUGAUUCCACAGAUUUCCUCAUUGUCCUGGUUCACCACCAUUGUGCCUUUAGUGCUGGUGCUGAGCAUCACUGCAGUUAAAGAUGCCACCGAUGACUAUUUUCGUCACAAGAGUGACAACCAGGUGAAUAACCGUCAAUCUCAGGUCCUCAUCGGUGGCAUUCUUCAGAAGGAGAAAUGGAUGAAUGUCAGAGUGGGUGACAUCAUCAAACUGGAGAACAAUCAGUUUGUUGCAGCUGACCUGCUCCUGUUGUCCAGCAGUGAACCUCAUGGCCUCUGUUACAUUGAAACUGCAGAGCUGGAUGGAGAGACGAACAUGAAGGUGCGUCAGUCUCUGUCUGUUACCUCAGAGCUGGGAGAUCCCAAUAAUCUGGCCCAGUUUGAUGGAGAAGUGGUGUGUGAGCCUCCCAACAACAAGCUGGACCGUUUCUGCGGGACGCUGUACUGGAGAGAGUGUAAAUACCCGCUCAGUAACCAGAACAUGCUGCUCCGUGGCUGUGUGCUGCGCAACACUGAGAGCUGCUACGGCCUUGUCAUAUUCGCUGGUCCUGACACCAAACUAAUGCAAAACAGCGGACGGACAAAGUUCAAGCGAACAAGUAUAGACAGACUGAUGAAUACACUGGUGUUGUGGAUUUUUGGGUUCCUGGUUUGUAUGGGAGUGAUCUUGGCCAUAGGAAAUGCAGUUUGGGAGAAGGAAGUUGGUGCUUUGUUCCAAAGUUUUUUACCCUGGGAUCCUCCAGUGGACAACUUCCUGUUCUCCGCAUUCCUGUCUUUCUGGUCCUACGUCAUCAUCCUCAACACAGUGGUGCCAAUUUCGCUCUAUGUCAGUGUGGAGGUGAUUCGUCUGGGUCACAGUUACUUCAUUAAUUGGGACCGGCGGAUGUUCUGCAGUCGCAGUAACACGGCAGCAGAGGCCCGGACCACCACACUGAAUGAAGAGCUGGGACAGGUGGAGUACAUCUUCAGUGACAAGACAGGAACACUCACCCAAAACAUCAUGACCUUCAACAAGUGCUCCAUCAACGGCCACGCAUACGGUGAAGUAGUGAACAUUUUGGCUGCUCAGCAAAAGAGGGUGCAGCCGCUGGACUUCAGCUCUUGGAACCCCUUGGCCGAUCGGGGUUUCUGUUUCUAUGACCAGUCUCUGCUGGAGGCUGUGAUGGUGGGAGACCCAGCAGUCCAUGAGUUCUUUAGGGUCUUGUCUCUCUGCCACACGGUCAUGAGCGAGGAGAAAAGCGAGGGCGAGCUGGUGUAUAAGGCUCAGUCUCCAGAUGAAGGGGCUCUCGUAACUGCUGCGCGAAACUUCGGUUUUGUGUUUCGCUCUCGCACACCAGGCACAAUCACCACACAAGAGCUGGGCAAAGCAGUCACUUACACGCUCCUUGCCAUCCUGGACUUCAACAACAUCCGCAAGAGAAUGUCUGUCAUAGUGAGGAAUCCUGAGGGCCGUAUACGUCUGUACUGUAAGGGUGCUGACACUGUGCUUCUCGAGAGACUUCACUCGUGCAACCAUGAAGUAAUGACCAUCACAUCAGACCACCUAAACGAGUAUGCAGUGGAUGGGUUGCGGACUUUGGCAGUAGCGUAUCGGGAUCUGUCGGAGGAGCAGUGGGACGAGUGGUCAGAGCGAUUUCGUGGAGCUGAUAAAGCCACAGACUGCAGAGAAGACCGACUUGCUGCUGCUUAUGAGGAGAUUGAACAGGACAUGAUGUUAUUGGGGGCCACGGCUAUUGAAGAUAAACUGCAAGAGGGGGUUCCUGAAACUAUUGCCAUUCUCUCGCUGGCAAACAUCAAGAUCUGGGUGCUCACUGGAGACAAACAAGAGACUGCAGUGAACAUUGGUUACUCCUGUAAGAUGCUGACAGAUGACAUGACGGAGGUCUUCAUUGUUAAUGGACACACUGUUCAAAGCGUGCGUGAGGAACUGAGAAAAGCGAGAGAGCGGAUGCUGGAGUCAGCGCGCACCAGAGAUGGAGGGAAGGAAGCUGAAGCUCAGGGGUGGAGCGGCGCCUGUGCCUUUGGAAAUGGAUGUGGAGCUGGAGCUGCUGCUGCUGCUGCAAACUGGGCACCUGAUGAAAGUAAAUGUCCCCCUGCUCAGGCUCCGCCCUCCUCCUUACUGGAGUCAAUCAGUGGAGAGUUUGCCCUCAUCAUCAGCGGGCACAGCCUGGCUCAUGCUUUGGAAGCGGAUAUGGAGCGUGAGUUUUUGGAGACGGCAUGUGCCUGUCGAGCAGUGAUCUGCUGCAGGGUGACUCCUCUCCAGAAAGCUCUAGUGGUGGAAUUGGUCAAACGCCAUAAGAAGGCAGUCACACUCGCCAUUGGAGAUGGAGCCAACGACGUCAGCAUGAUAAAGACGGCUCACAUUGGUGUGGGCAUUAGUGGACAGGAGGGGAUUCAGGCUGUGCUGGCAUCAGAUUACUCCUUUUCCCAGUUCCGCUUCCUGCAGCGACUUCUGCUGGUGCACGGACGCUGGUCCUAUCUGCGCAUGUGCCGUUUCCUUUGUUACUUCUUCUACAAGAACUUUGCCUUUACUAUGGUGCACUUUUGGUUUGGGUUCUUCUGUGGAUUCUCAGCACAGACUGUCUACGACCAGUACUUCAUUACUCUCUACAAUAUCGUAUACACGUCCCUGCCUGUAUUAGCCAUGGGCAUCUUCGAUCAGGAUGUUCCUGAACAAAGGAGCCUGGAGUAUCCGAAGCUGUAUGAGCCAGGUCAGCUGAACUUGCUGUUUAACAAGCGCGAGUUCUUCAUCUGCAUCGCUCAAGGAAUCUACACCUCCGUGGUUCUGUUCUUCAUACCCUACAGCGUUCUCUCUCACGCCACACAGAGCAAUGGAGUCCCUCUAGCAGACUAUCAGACUUUUGCGGUAACCACAGCAACGGCCCUCGUCAUCGUUGUCAGCGUCCAAAUUGCUCUGGAUACAGGCUACUGGACAGCUAUAAAUCAUUUCUUUGUAUGGGGCUCUUUGGGUACCUACUUCACCAUCCUCUUCGCCAUGCACUCCAGCAUCCUGUUCAGCAUCUUCCCCAAGCAGUUCCAUUUCCUCGGAAGUGCCCAUAACACACUCGGGCAGCCAGUGGUGUGGUUAACUAUUGCUUUGGCAACCGUCAUCUGUAUUGCUCCAGUCCUUGCUUUCCGCUUCCUCAAACUGGACCUUAAACCUCAGCUCUCAGAUACCGUGCGCUACACUCAGUUGGUGCUGCAGAAGAAGCGAAAGCCUGGUGGGCGCGCGGCUCGUGGAGUGGGCAGCACUGGAGCUGCCGGAGGCAGUGGUCUUGGUCGUUUGGGCAGAGGCGGAUCUCGACGCUCUGGCUAUGCGUUUGCCCAUCAGGAGGGCUUUGGCGAGCUGAUCACAUCAGGGAAAAAUAUGCGACUGAGCUCUCUGGCCCUUGCCACCUUUGCCUCCCGCCACAGCAGUAGCUGGAUUGAUACGCUCCGCAGAAAAAAACACACAAACAACACCGGGGCUCAGAACACCCCACCCACUGGAGAUGACAUCACCACCUCCUCUCAGGUUCCUCCCAUUUCCACAGCUUCCACACCAAAUGUUCAACAGGACUCAGCGGCAGGUGAUGCAGGACAGGCGAGCAAUGAAGUGGCUUUCACGCACAGUCCUGAAGACAUUGCUCUUAGUGUGGUCAGAGACAGAGACGCUGGAGGAUGUAGUGCUGGAAGUGUGCAGGAAUCAGCAAUUGUGUGGAAAGGAAUAGGAGCUCGUGUCAGUGGUGCCAACAGUCCUGGACCUCCUCCCAUUGAAGAAGAAACAUCCUAUGGCGAGUGAAUGAUGGAUCAACCAUGUGAAAGCCUUCACAUUGAUGCUUGCACCUUGCGUGUGCUCAUGUUCCUGUCUGAGGACAUGGGCAGUGAAGACAGCAUCCUGACAGUUUGGGAGUAAAAACAUGCUAGGAAUGAAAACACACAUGGAGAAGGAUGCAGAUACAGCAGACAGCACCAUGUUUUUCACAUCUCACUUUUCUUGUAUUGUGCUCAUUCUCAGAAAUGCUGUCAGCGAAGAGAACGGAUUUGGUGUUAUUUAGGGAGUUUUCCAUUUUAAGUUAUCAGAGAGAUGACAAACCACUAGGGAUGUAACGAUUCACCUGACUCACGAUUUGAUACGAUUCACGAUACUUAUCUCACAAUUCACGAUUUAGUCAUGAUUUUUUUACAAAAUUAUUUAAAAGAAAUUUAAAGUGAAGAGCCCUUUCAUUUUUUUCAUAAAACAUAAAACAUAAAUGAACAAAUAAAUAAAUAGAUAAUACAAACGAAAGAAGACAAUUUAAUAUACAUAGACUAAAACUGUGACUAUGCCUUUAAAAAGUCUGUGUUUUUAAAAAGGAAUAUCAGCAUAUCUCUGUUUUCUGGCAUAAGCUGAGGUCUUUGCACAUUUACAAUGUACCCUGCUGAUAAAAAAAAAAACUCUUUCACUGGGGACUGACAUAUGGCAGGUGUGGAGAGGAAAGCCUUUCCUAAAUCAGAGAGCUGUGUGUACAGAGGAGGUCAGUAGGCCCUCUGCUCCAGGAGACUGACCACUGGCAUGAAAAACAGAUUAUAAAAUUACUAAUUAUACAGUAGAAUAGAGACAGGAGUUGAACAUGAUUAUGGAGGGGAAUAAUUAAUAUUACUUCUAUAAUUAAUAAGUAUAAGUCUCAGUGUGAUACACUUGAUAAGAGAUAAUCUCAAACAUUUUUAAAUAUUCAAUAAUAAUAAGAUGAUUAUUAAAAUAUGCAUAAACUAAUUUGAAAAGGAGAGGGUAAAAUAAUCUAAAACCUGUCUCUGCAACAGAACUUUCUCUUUCAGUCUGAAAAACAUCUUCACGCUUUCAUAUGAAAACACUGACCGCAUGAUCUCCGUAGCACUCGUCAGAGAAAGCGGAGCUGCAAAUCAUCUGGUCCGCGUGGUUUGGCUUAUUAAUAGUUUUUUUUUUUUUGCGUAUAGACGUCUGUGACAGUUGUUUUCAAUGUGCUGACCGUUUACAUGCAUCAUAUUCGUUGUUCUGUUCAGUGUAAGUAAACGUCUUUUUGCAGUAUUGCACACAGUUUGUGUUUAGUCUGGCGGACUUCACUGCUGUCAUUUACUCUGCUGCUCCACCUCUUGCUCACCGCUGAUGUGCAGAGGUGAAGCUAGUUUGCGCCUGUAAACUCAGCACCACCUCUGUUCAAAAAAUCUAUCACGAUUCAUUUAACAUUUCUACUAAUUUGAAUCACCACAUAUUUGAAUCGAUUUUCAACUGACUGUGAAUCGUUACAUCCCUACAAACCACUAAAGAAUAUUGCCAAGGCUGAAAUCACAGCAAUCCUAACUAUACAGAUAUGUUGCAAAUGUUCUCAUAUGCUAAAUUGCAUUUAAAAUUUAACUUAAACUUAAAAUUGAACUUACAGUAUUGGGUAAAAAAGUAAUCCAUUACAAUCUUAAUCUUUAAAAAAAAAAAAAAAAGGUAAAAUGUCAUGGCAUACUUUUACGUUACUUUCCUUAAAAAGUAACUCAGAAACACACUUUUAUACCAUUUUAAAGUUACUUAAUUUUGUAAUAUUUUACUUUAAGAAAUUUAACUUUUCUCAGCACUUCUUACAUAUGAAGGUAGAUGCUUUUUUUUCUUUUUUUAUACGAAAGAUUUGAAUCCUGUUAUCAAUCCAAUGAAAAUCUUGGAGAUUUCUGUCCUUGCAUUAAAAAUCUGUUGCCCAAACACUUGACAUUUAAACACAUUAUAAAAUAUUUCAAUAUCAAUAAAUCCAUAUGAAUCAAGCUGUUUAUAAUUGGUCACUUUAUAUAAUGAUUUUGUUCACAUAUAAAAAUUGAUCAGUCAACAUCAACAGGCCUGCUUGAUACACAAGAACGAAUCUCAUUACUGCUUGCAGAAGCUCAAAAGAAGCUUAAAAGACCUCACUGGUUCUCAAAUAUGCUUGAGUUUGACUGCUGUAAACAUCUGAUCAGAGUUGUUCUGAGAAUAAAAGUCUAAAUAAAUCUGUGCAUCACAUAUAGUAAUAAUGUCUCCACAAGUAUCUUGGAUUUAACUGCUUGAUCUGAAUUUGGAUUAAUACUUUUGUUUUUAAAUUCUUUAUGUUUUUUUGGCUGAAUAAGUUUUCAAUGUUGGGACAGAAAUCUCUUAGGUUAGAGUAAAAGCAUUUUAAUUUUUAAACAACUUGAGGGUGAGUAAAUGAUGACAGUCUUUUUAUUUUUAUAUUAACUCUAAAGUGUUUCUUUUGUCUUGUUUUACAUGACAUACGCAAUACAAUUACAAUAGAUUAGGUUUCAGGUUUUGUUUAUUUUUACAUUCAAAUUAAAUAGUUAUAAUAGCUCAAUUAAAAUUUGCAUUUCAGUUUAAAAACUCAGUUAGGUCAAGGGUUGACUCAGUGGUUUUUUCUCAUGUUGUUGAGUGUAUUUUGUCAGCGUAUUGUUUUGCUGAGUCUAAUGCUUCAGCUUUUUGCGUUGUCAAAUGAACUUAUUCCUUGCACUGACAAAGGAGGGGGAUAUUUUGUUUUUUACCAUAGCACUAAGAUCCAUGUGGUUUUGUUUGAUAAAACACUAUAGUUCUCAGUGAGAACGUGACUGUGCUGGAUGAACUUGUUCUUGUUCAUCUAUUUCACCACCAUAUUGGUGUUCGGACUUUGACUGCUUGAAUAAAAGUCCAAUUCUACCCCAAACCCUGCUCUACUUGACCCUUGAGGGUCCGGUCAUUUGCCCAGCAGUAGUGCACUGAUCCAGUGGCCUGUGAUAAAAAAGCAUCGGUUUGUGUAAUUGAGAUAUAAGAGAUACCAAAUGGAUUUCACACUGACUCAUUGUGGCCUUCACCAGAGUUGGAAUUUAGGUAAUAAGAAUGUAAACACAGCGCGCGCGUGUAUGUGUGUGUGUGUGUGUGGUUAUGUGUGUAUAACUGUGAAUGACUGAGAAGGACCAAGAGAGUUGUUGUUUAAAAAGUCAAAGCGCUCCAUACUUGUUCCUGUAUAAGUUAGAACUAUAGCAAUUGCUGUUAAAUAGGUAACAAUGAUAUGCCUUAAAAGCUAUAUGUGUGAGUGUUAUUUUCUUAAGUGUGUAUAAACAUCUUAAUUUACACAAAAGUAUUUGCAUAGAUUGCAAUAUGAAGUAAAGUACAGUAGUCACUUUCGGUGUCUGUUAGACCAGGUGAUGGCAUGUACACUGUAAAGUAAAGAGAUGAAUCCGUUGUUGUGAAUGGGCUAAUAGCAAUGGAAAAUACGUCAGAUUAAAUGAUUUUAAAUCAA